GCGCCCGCGGCCGCGCUCUCGGGAGCGCCCUUGGCCGGCCCGCGGGCACCGCGUGCGCGGAUGGAGCCGCCCGGGCGCGGCGGCGGCAGCAGGCGAGGGGCGCGCCCGGCCGCGGCACCAUGAUGCCCGGGGAGACGCGCCCGGCGGCGCCCGGGACGGCGGCCGAGCUGACGCGCUGCCAGGGCUGCGCGUCGCUGCAGCAGAAUUUAAAUGAAUAUGUUGACGCAUUAAUUACCUUGAAGCAAAAAAUCAUUAAUACGGAUAACUUAUUGACAGAGUAUCAGAAGAAAUGUGAUGAGCUGCAGUUUGCAAGAAGAGAGAACAGUACCCUGCAUCACCAAGUGGAGCAGAUGCUCCAGAAGAUCUCUCCCCUGCAGCAGUGCCAGGAGGAGCUGGGGUCUUUGAAGGCAGAGCUAGAAGAGAAGAAGAGUUCUCUCAAGCUGUACCAGGACACGCACCAGGAGUACGCCCGGGUCAAGGAGGAGUGCCUGAAGAGCGAUGCACAGAAGAAGAAACUCGAAGCCAAGGUGAAGAAGCUGGAAGAGGCCGCGGUCAAGCACACACAGGACUUCAAGCAACUGAGAAAUGAGAAGAAAAUCCUGGAAAAGGAAUUCAGGAAGACGCAGGAAAGACUGGAUGAAUUCUCCAAACAGAAGAAUGAAAGGGAGUUGAGACAUAUCGGGACUCAGAUUUCAAGCGACUCUUUGGGGAACAUUGAUAAAAGAAGGGUGAAGCUGCUCCUGAAGGAGCUCUGGCUCUGCAUCAACACCGCACACAGACUCCCGGGGGACGGCAGCAGGCUCGGGACAGAAAAACCUGCCCGGGAAAGCUCCCCGCUGCGAGAAUGUGGGGGCGAGGGGUCUCCGCGAGCAGUGGGCGGCAGCCCCAGCCAGGCCGAAGACGUGCGCACGUGCCUGACGGAGCUGUCCAUGGAGAUCGAGGGCAGCUUUUCCCCCCGUGCGUCUGUGGAGGAGUCGCAGAGGGGCGGCCGUGCUGCAGCCCCCAGUGCCCGUGCCCUGGCCCCAGUGGACGAGGACCUGCAGGCAGCAGUGGACUUCUUCAGGAUGCCCCCACCACUCCUGUCGCCCGUGCCAUCCCCCCCGCUUGUGUCCUUGCCCCCCUGGGGCACGCUCCCCUCUCCGCUGGGGCCGGAGUCCUGCUUUGAAGACUCUGCCGUCUCCAGCGAUAGUGACUGUGCCCAGCAGAGAGGCCCCGCGGAGUCCGUCUCCGAGGAUGAGCCCGCCGAGUCACCGCCUCGCUGGGACGCUCCCAGAGCAGCCCAGGGGUGUGAUCGUGGCGAGGAAAAGCGUGGGGUGCAGGAGGGCCCAGACCGAGUGACCUCCAUGGGAUUGGGGACGUUCACGGCCUCCCUGAGCGAGCCCUCCACCACCUUCUCCGCUGGGGAGCGGCACUGGACCGUGGGGUCCGAGUUCACAUGCCCAGGUCCCAAAGAUCCGCAGGGAGCAGUGCAGGAGUUGGACAAGGCUGUGCAGACCGAGGGGACGCCUCUGCGACCCCGCAGCCAUGCCCAGGACGAAAAGUCCCCAGGGCAGCCUCUCCUGGGCUCUCCGCUGCACCCGAGGCCCCUCAGUGAGCUCGAGACUCCGGGGAUGCCCCUGCUGUCUGGAGUGAUGGCGGCCCCCACGUCCCAGCUGACUGAGUGGCCACUGGCCAGCAGGGUCACGCCCGGGUCAAAUGGUGCAGCAGCAGCUGAGUCUGGAGCAUGGGAGGAGGACAGAGAGGACAGGGCCCUUGCCAAGGACUGUCCGGAGCUGGAAGGUGCACGGGCUGCUGGGGGCACCCCAAGACCAUCUGCCUUCCAGGCCCGGGCCCCCACCGUGCCCCCCAGCAGGGACUCGCCACCCUCUGAACAAAGGCUGCAGCAGCGGCCUGAAUCCCCAGCAUCCUGGAAAGAAGAAAGUGACCAGGACACCAGCUUGGGACUGUGCCCUAGUGAGGCACGGGGCCCUGCGGGCCGAGAUAGUACCCAGGCCCCUUUCCCUCCUCAGUCAGUAUUCACCAGGGUGCCCGCUGAUGGGCCGAGUGGCCGUCAGUCUCCCCGAGCUCUCACUACCAGCCACUGCCAGCCUGCGCCCGGCGGGAGAGGCCUCGGCCUGCACCAGCACACAUCCUGGCACCAGAGCCCGGUGCUCCGUGAAGCGGGACCCGAAGGGGGGCCGCGGGCCGCAGCAGAGUCCCCACCAGCCACACCGGCCAUCUUCCCAGACAGUGCUUCGGCAUUCCGGGGAGACGAGAACCCGGGGGUGCUCAGGGCCACCGCCAAACCGCAGUCCAACCAAGUAUCGGUCAUCACCAAGCAGACGCGCCCUGGGCCCCUGGACAGAGCCCAGCCUGCACCGCCGAGACCGCCCCAGGAGGAGGCGCCCCUGGUGGCAGCUGGGCCCCCUGCCAGAACUGAGCCUCUGGCACCCCCAGACCCAGUGAGAGGCCGAGAGAGAGAGGGGGCAGCCCUCAAGGCCUGGCAGGCCAUGGCCAUGAGGCGGGCCUCCCCGGAAGUCUCCAGCACUUGUCGGAAAUUAGACUUCGAUGCUCCAAGUGGGUCUUUGACGGCAGGAAGUUCUCAUCACUUUGCAAACAGUAUUUUAUCUCUCUCUUACGACCACAUCUCCGCGCAGAAGCGAGAGUCGGGGCCGGAGGCUGUGGUGCUCCCAGAGACGCAGAGGUGGCAGAGCAGAGGCGUCAGCCCGGAGCCAGCCGUGCCCGUGCCCAGAGGACUCCCCGCCCAGGAAAGGCCCAGCGUCACCCCUGCCACGCGGCAGAGCCCCCAGGACCCCCCCAGGUGCUGCCAGAGCCCCACCCCCACAGCUGUGGCCCCGUCGGCAUCUGGCAGAGCACAAGGGCCACCCUGUGCCGGGCCCCCCAAGAGCCUCCCCGGCGUGCUGUACCACUACACGGGCGUCCGCGAGCAGCAGAGGGUGGACACUGAAGUGGAGGAGAGCGAGGCCCCGAGCUGCAGCGAGGGUGAGGCCGAGCCAGAGGCUGCCCCGGCCGCUGGAGCCGUGCGGGGGGUGGCCCUGGCCAGGCCUGGUCCGGAGCUGGGCGCGCUGACAUCCGCCCUGCAGCACUGCAGCCUCGCCGUGGACCGGCUGUCCACCUCUGACGUGGCCCUCUUCCUGGAGAGCUGCCGCCUGCGCGACAGCAGCUCCGGAGACUCCGUGUCCGAGAGCUCCGGCAAAGGGGCCCCGAGUCAGGACCAGGGGGCGCCAAAGGAGCCCACGAGGCCCAGAGGAGCCGCUGGCGGCCAGUCUGACGCUGCCGGGGAAGCCCAAGAGCCCUUUGGGGGGUGUCCCGAGGAGGAGGAGGAGGGCUCCCUGCAGCUCCCGAGCCAGCUGUCCCAAUGCUCCUUGGACAUGCUGGCCAAGGUGCUGGCCAGGCUGGGGCGCGAGCUGCACAGUGGCUCCGUGGACGCUCGCCUGCGAGAAGCCGGGAGUCUGCUGCUCCUCAACAUGCUCCAGCAGGUGGUGGCCGAGGACGAGCUGGGUGCAGACCCGGCCCCGGGCUCGGGCGGCACGAGUGCUCGGAGCACCCCUGUGGGAGACCCAGCCAUGACCAGGGCUGCUGAGGGCCAGGAGGAGGUGCUGCUGGAGCCGGCCGUGUUCCCAGGCUCUGGGGAGACCCCGGAGGAGACCACUGAGGAGACGCCUGCCACAGAGACCCCUGAGGAGACCCCUGCCACAGAGACCACUGAGGAGACCCCUGCCACAGAGACCACCGAGGAGACUCCUGCCACAGAGCCCCCUGAGACGAUACAGACAGAGACCUACCAGUGCCAGAUCUCCACAGUGACCUCAGAAGUCAUCAACGUGCUACUCAAUAGGGACCAGAACCUGGUCAUCGAGAAGGGGGACAACUGGACCAUCAUCAAUGGGGUCGCCCUCGUGCCCAACGUGGACCAGGUGAUAGUGUGCGACCCACCGGGGGCCGGCCUGGACACCGAGUUCCCUUCCUGCUCCUACCUGGAGGAGGAGGAGGAGGAGGAGGCCCCUGAGGCUGCAGGGCCCGAGUGCCCGGCCCCAGCGCCUGCCAGUGACCCCUCCUGUGUGCAGGAGAUCUCGAGCAGCGGCCAGGGAGCCAACUUCGACAAGAGCCGUUUGCGGAACAGGCCUGUCAAACCCAGCACCAGGAUCAGCUCGGAGAUUUUCGAUCAAGACUUCGAGUCUCCGACCGUUGUGUUUGACCACACCUACUUCAACUCCAAACUCGAGCCGGCCACCAGGAGCAGGACUCGGUCCAGGGUGGCGAGUCGGGAGCCGCCCAGCCGGCCCGCCAAGGCCUCGAGCAGAGCCGACCCCCAUCGGGGUGACGCUCCGGAGCCAUCGCCUGGGGAGAGAGGGAAUGGCAAGUCCCAGCGGACACAGACGCAGACGGUCCUGGCCAACGCGGACACCUCGACUCCGACGGACGGUGCCGGCGACACGCUGAGUAAGAUCCGGCAGGAGGUGGGGCCCCCGCUGCCCCCGCUGCUCGCCCCGCUGAUCGCCACGCCACCCAGGGCCUCCCGCUCCGUCUCUCCUCUGGUCUCCAGCUCCAGCCCCGCCUCGCCCCUUGCCCAGCUGUCACCGCUGUCGGAAGCCCUUGGACUCCCCGCGAUGUCCCCUUUGCCCGAAGACCCAGUGCUGCCUUCUCCUCCCUGCGCCACCACGUCCCCAUCCGCCGCGUCGGCCGGUGAGCGGAUCCUGUCCUCACCCCUGCAGUUCUGUGCCGCGACCCCGAAGCACGCCCUGCCCGUGCCGGGCCGCCUGCCGCCCUUGGCUUCCUCGCACAGCGCCGUGGCGGGGCCCCAGGAGAAUUCGGUGAAGAUCCUGGACACCAUGUACCCCGAGCUGUCCGCCAGGGCCCGCACCCUCAGCCUCCUCAAGGGGAACCUCCAGCUGGCGCGGGGGCCUGCCGACGGCGAGGCCCGGCCCGCACCUGUCAGUGCCAUCUCGGGCUUCAAGGCCAUCACGUCCACGUCCACUGCAUUUGUGAAAACGGGCAGCUCUGGGGGCGACUGUCAGCAGGACAAGCCGCGGGCCGCGGGCGGGAAGAGGCCGCCGUUGCCCUCAUCCCUGAGGAGUGCUAAGAAGCUCCGCCUGCACAGCGCCUCCCCCGAGCCCGAGCCCUGCAGCGCCAGCCCCGGUGGGCACCGGAACCUGCGGAGGAGACCGCCCGCCCCCGACGCUGCCCCCGUGGGGGAGGAGAGAAGCUCCGGGGACCCUGAGCCCCCGGCCUCACAGGCACCCCCUAAGCCCAAAGAAACAGUGGAGUCCCACGACCGGGCCAUCGCGGACGCGCUCAAGAAGAUUGCAGAGGCCGCCUUCGACCUGCUGCCUGUCAUCCGCAGCCACGUCUAUGUGGGCAACAUCUCCAAGAAGCCCGUCAUGCGUGACCAGGAGAAGGAGGUGGUCCACGAGUUCAGCACUGCCAGGAAGCACCUGGCCGAGUGCCUGCUUCACUCGAUCCUCUUGGAGCUGAAGGCUCAGAAGGCGUCUCUGGAGCACAGCUACGUCCACGCGCUCUGCCGAGUGUACGUCGGCGUGUGCCGGCAGCUUGGAGACUUGGAGCGGGCACGCCUCUUCUGCUACAGCCUCCUCAAGGAAGAUUUCCCAGAGUCAGAGAAGCUGGCGCUGUUCAUCGCCAACAUGUGGCAUGACAUAUUCAUCUCUCCGUCGGUCAUCAGCAAAGCCAUGCAGUUGGUGGCCCGGCAGCGUGCUAAGGGCGAGGUUCUCAACUGCCUGAGGGCCUUCCUCAACUGGGAGAAGAACGCGCCUGUGGAUGUCGGCUUCAUGGUCUCCAAGCUGCUUCUGACCGUCCAGUUAUGUCCAAAAACAGAGUUUCAGGCCAGUGAGAAGUUCGGCGAGGACCUGAGUGCCAACACGUGGGAGCACAUAUUUGCCAUUGACCUGCUGUGCUGCCACAAGAAAUGGGUGUGGACACACGACAACAUCAUCAGUAAGGAGCUGUGGCCCGUGAUGGACAAGUGGAUCAAGUACAGGAAAGGACACCCCAACGUCACCUACACGCCCGACAUCAUCAUCGCAUCCAUCCUGCGGCUCAUCGGCCGCCUGGGCCAGCUGGGCCUGAAGGAAGGGUUUCCGUCUGCGGUGAAGAACAUCAGCUCGGUCAUUGGCAUGUUCAUCCAGCAUGCCCGGGACGAAGAUAUCCCCUGGGGCAUCCAGCUGGCCGCUGUGUACGCAUUGUGUGACCUGAGCCCCAGCAAUCCGACGGAAAUCUCCAAGAUCCUCGAAGCCUGGCGUAAAGAGACAUCACACAGCGUGCCGUCAGCCGUGGUGGGCUGCCUGGAGGAGGUGAGCUCCUUGUGUGCAGAGGAGCUCAGCUGAGUGGGGAGCAGUGUCUUGACAGCUCUCCGGACGGAUCCCCUAAGGCUGCAGCCAGAGAGGCCCUGCCCCUGGCGGGUCCGCCCCAAACUCAGCCAAUGGUUUUGUGAGCAGAGGUCCCGGGGCCCUAGUGUUAGGUCUGGGUCAGAUAACAAGAACUUGAACUUUGCCCUUUUUUGCUGCAGAAAGUGUCCUUUUAGUCGCCUUUGUGAUUGAGUGGCGUUUUGUAAUGAAUUUAAUAUGAAACUGCGUUGGUUUGGUCUGGGAGCUCAUUUUGGACUUGGCCCUCACGGGCUGACCAGAAAGAGACGCCGACUGAAGCCGAGCAGCAGCUCCGCCGACGUCCCCGAGGGAGGGCCACACGUUGGGGCUCCCCAGGGCAGAGCCCGCCACCGGCCACUGGCUCCUGCCCGUUCUGCCCACUCUGAUGAGCCGGGCGUGGGUGUGGCGCCUGCGCCCACCCCUCUGCCGUGAGCAUCGGGCAGCUUGAUAAUGUGGAUCACAUUGGAUAAUAUUCCACUUCGGAAUUUUAGUAUUUGUAUAUAGAAAUGGGGUUCAUAACUCACCGUGGCUCUGAUCUGUCUUAUAUUCAUCCUUUCUUAAAAUUCUUGUAUGUGUUUUUUAUAAUAAACUAAAAGUGAGCUAUA